CAGAGGAAGAAAUGGCAGCGUGCAGUAAUUCCAGUGAGCAGCAAGAAGCGUUCGUUCGUUUGAAUCUCCUGGAGACUAGAUUCACCUGCUUGGAAGUAUCUGUGAACAGAGCAGUUGGCACCCUGAUCCCCAAAGUGGAAGACGUUUUGUCUGAGCGGUUUCAAAGACGAGAAGUCACCUCCAUCUCAUCUACUGUAGCCGCUGCCGGUCCGUCCUCGUCGCUGCUCGAGUUGGCGGAGCGCGGCGACUGCGCGGCCCUGCUCCGGAUGCUGGCAGACGAGGGGCUUGACGUUCGGUGUAAUCCUCCGCGUUC